UGUCUAGGGAUCCUCCAGGCCGGCUAGAACUGAGGUCUCGGGUUCGAGUCCGCCUUUUCACUUUGUGUCAGACUCUGCGAGGGUGGGAGAAGGGAUUUGGGUCGAGACACUCGGCCCCGGCCCCCUGGCGGCUGGGGGGACCCCGGAAUCCCAUCGAAGUGGCGGGUCACUUCCUGCUUCCUGGUCCCCACGGUGGCUUCGUGGCCGGGACUGCGGGUGCAAAGAAAGAAAAUUGAAGUCAAAGACCAUGGGAGAUGCAGCAAAACCUUAUAUUGUGAAGCGCAGUAAAGAUCGAGGACCUGUUGAUGAUGAUGAUUUCAGAAGGGGUCACCCCCAACAAGAUUAUUUAAUAAUGGAUGAUUAUGCUAAAGGCCAUAGCAGUGAAAUGGAAAAAGGCCUUCCGAAAAAAAAGCUAACUCCUGGGAACUAUGGGAAUACCGCGAGAAAAGGAUCAUACGCUGUUUCCAGCAAUCCAUAUGCAUUUAAAAACCCAAUUUACAGUCAGCCCACUUGGAUGAAUGACAACCACAAAGAUCAGAAUAAGAGGUGGCUAUCUGAUGAACUUACUGGUAAUUCAGACAAUUGGAGAGAGUUUAAACCUGGACCUAGAAUUCCUAUCAUAAGCAGACCAAGGAAAGAUGCCUUUCAAGAAAGUGAAGAUGGUUACAGGUGGCAAGAUGGAAGAGGCUGCAGAACUGUAAGAAGACUGUUUCAUAAAGACCUAACAAGCCUAGAGGCCAUGUCAGAAAUGGAAGCAGGAAGUCCUGAAAACAAGAAGCAGCGGUCCAGACCCAGGAAACCAAGGAGGACUAGAAAUGAGGAAAAUGAACAGGAUGGAGAGUUGGAAGGCCCUGUGAUUGACGAGUCUGUGCUUUCGACAAAGGAGCUACUGGGCUUACAGCAGGCUGAGGAGCGUUUGAGGAGAGACUGCAUUGACAGACUAAAAAGGCGACCACGAAACUGCCCUACAGCAAAAUACACCUGCAAACUCUGUGAUGUUUUAAUUGAAUCCAUUGCAUUUGCUCAUAAGCAUAUCAAAGAGAAGAGGCACAAGAAAAACAUUAAGGAGAAGCAGGAGGAAGAGUUGCUCACUACGUUACCCCCGCCAACACCCUCCCAGAUAAAUGCAAUUGGCAUUGCCAUUGACAAAGUGGUACAGGAGUUUGGCUUACACAAUGAGAAUUUGGAACAGAGGCUAGAAAUCAAAUGUAUCAUGGAAAAUGUGUUCCAGCACAAGUUACCAGAUUGUUCUCUAAGAUUAUAUGGGUCUUCCUGUAGCAGAUUGGGUUUCAAAAAUUCGGAUGUAAACAUUGACAUUCAAUUUCCAGCCAUUAUGUCUCAGCCAGAUGUCCUCUUAAUUGUUCAAGAAUGUUUAAAGAACAGUGACUCCUUUAUUGAUGUUGACGCAGAUUUCCAUGCAAGGGUACCGGUGGUAGUAUGCAGAGAAAAGCAAAGUGGUCUUCUUUGUAAAGUGAGUGCAGGAAAUGAAAAUGCUUGUCUGACAACAAAGCACUUAACUGCACUCGGAAAACUAGAACCAAAGCUGGUUCCUUUGGUGAUUGCAUUUAGGUACUGGGCAAAGCUUUGCAGUAUAGAUCGCCCUGAGGAAGGAGGCCUGCCACCUUACGUGUUUGCCCUUAUGGCCAUUUAUUUUCUUCAACAGAGGAAAGAACCUCUUCUGCCAGUUUAUCUAGGCUCAUGGAUUGAAGGAUUCUCAUUAAACAAACUUACGAACUUCAACCUUAAAGACGUUGAGAAAGAUUUUGUGGUCUGGGAAUACACUGAUAAUGUUGGGGAUACAAACACAGCAAAAGAAGAGUCACCAAAAGAAAGGCCAAUUAAAAGGGGGCAGGUAUCAUUAAUAUUUGAUACAAAACACCAGCCUUCAGUACCAGUUGGGCAGCUCUGGGUGGAACUGCUGCGAUUCUAUGCUUUAGAAUUUAAUUUGGCUGAUUUAGUGAUCAGUAUCCGUGUCAAAGAAUCAAUAUCUCGAGAAUCAAAGGAUUGGCCCAAAAAGCGCAUUGCCAUUGAAGAUCCCUACUCUGUUAAAAGAAAUGUGGCAAGGACCCUAAAUAAUCAACCUGUGUUUGAAUAUAUACUUCACUGUUUAAGAACGACAUAUAAAUAUUUUGCUCUUCCACACAAACUUGCAAAAUCCAGCCUUCCAAAGCCUCUGAGCACAGUUACGUGUAUUUCAGAACAUUUUAAAGAAGUAAUAAAUCAUGAUCCAGAUGUGCAAACAAAAGACGAUAAGCUCAACAAUUCAGUUUUGGCUCAAGGCCCUGGUGCUACUACCAUUUCAACUGAAAAUGCUUGCAAGGCACAGCCACUUUCUCUUAAAGAGACUGCUGAAAGCUGUGGAAGCCCACCAGCUGAGGAAAUUGGAAAUGUACACAUCAGGAAAUGCACACAUUUAGGAAACUCUGGCUGUAUCCAGGCAGAAGUCAAUUGUGAUAAUUAUGAGGAUAUUAAAGUACACCAUCAAGAAACAGGAAGUAAAGAUGAGAAAGAGAAAAUCAGAAAGAAGGGAAAGCAUCCUUUGACUGCUGAUGACCCCAGUAUAAGCAGUAAUGAGUGUGGAGAACUUACAAUUGGCAGCAGCCCAUGUAAUUAUGAGACAGAUAGCAUUUUGAAUUUAGAAGGCCUCCAAAAUCCUACAGCCAAAGUGUGUGAUGGAUUUGCUACUUUUGAUGACAAGAUUGAUCUUGAUGAAGAAAGUGUAGAAGGUACUGAUGAGCUAGAAGACUCUUUAAACCACUUUGUCCCUUUAGUCCAGUGUCAAACAUCUGAAAUCAUUCACUUUGAUGAAGAAGAGGAGGAAGAUGAAGAGGAGGAGGAAGAACCCAGGCUCACCAUUAACCAAAGGGAAGAUGAGGAUGGCAUUGCUAAUGAAGAUGAGCUGGACAAUACCUAUACUGGAUCAGGUGAUGAAGAUGCUCUUUCUGAAGAGGAUGAUGAAUUAGUUCAGCCGGCUAAAUAUGAAGACUUGAAAGAAUGUGAAAAAAAUGUAGAUGGCGCCCUACUUACGGAACUUAAUAAAAUAAAUCUUAAAGAAGAAAAUAUAUGUGAGGAAAAUUCACCAGUGGACCAGUCUGAUUUCUUCUAUGAAUUUAGUAAACUUAUCUUCACCAAAGGCAAGUCUCCCACAGUUGUGUGCAGCUUGUGCAAACGAGAGGGUCAUCUAAAGAAGGACUGUCCUGAAGACUUCAAAAGAAUCCAGCUGGAACCUUUGCCACCACUAACACCCAAGUUUUCAAAUAUCUUAGAUCAAGUUUGUUUCCAGUGUUACAAGGAUUUUUCUCCAACUGUUUUAGAAGAUCAGGCUCGUGAACAUAUCCGGCAAAACUUAGAAAGUUUCAUAAAACAGGACUUUCCAGGAACUAAAUUGAGCUUGUUUGGCUCCUCCAAAAAUGGAUUUGGUUUUAAGCAGAGUGACCUUGACGUCUGCAUGACAAUUAACGGACAUGAAACUGCUGAGGGGUUGGACUGUGUAAGAACUAUUGAAGAAUUGGCAAGAGUCCUUAGAAAACAUUCAGGUCUGAGAAACAUCUUACCUAUUACAACAGCAAAGGUGCCAAUUGUGAAGUUCUUCCAUUCAAGAAGUGGUCUGGAAGUAGAUAUCAGUUUGUAUAACACAUUGGCCCUUCAUAACACAAGGCUUUUAUCUGCUUACUCAACCAUUGAUCCCAGAGUGAAAUAUCUGUGCUAUACCAUGAAAGUAUUUACAAAG